GUCAAACAUAUGGAUUAUUUAUUGAAACUGGUUCUUGCCGCAGUGUUAUAAUUCACUAUUUUUAUUUUUGAUGACUUUUAAUAUUUGUAUUUGAGUUUUAAUCAUGAUGGAGGGUUCUCUGAGUAAAUGGACAAAUGUGAUGAAGGGCUGGCAAUAUCGAUGGUUCGUGUUAGACGAAAACGCGGGCCUGCUCUCAUAUUACACGUCGAAAGAGAAGAUGACGCGAGGGGUGCGGCGCGGCUGUGUCAGGCUGAGGGCGGCCGUCAUUGGCAUUGAUGACGAGGACGACUCCACCUUCACCAUCACAGUCGAUCACAAAACCUUUCACUUUCAGGCCCGCGAUGGAUUAGAACGGGAACGAUGGGUCCGCGCGCUUGAAGACACCAUAUCGAGACAUGGCAGACGAGAGCGAUGGUCUCGCAGUAUGCCGGCGCCCCGACACCGCCACGGGGAUCUCGAGCGGCGCAUAUCAGAGGCUGACGCGUACUUGCAAAUUAUGAUUGACCUUGUUUCUAAAAUGAGCACACGUGUAUCAGAGCUAGCCGAUCCACAUGAGAAAAGUAAAGGGCAAGUUAUAUUAGACCACUCCAACGCAAUGUUGGAUAACAUAAAACAUUCCAUAGUGCUUCUUCAAAUAGCUAAGAAUACUGUAAAUCCGGUCAAUGGUGUUUAUCAAGGACCGACGAGUUCAUCCCAAACACAUAUCAAACAAGGUGCAGAAUUGUCACCGCAGGUUGAAAUGGGCGCCGAGUGUCGUGAGCUGCCGACCCCCACGCGACCGCUGCCGUCACUGGAGGACAUGGAUGCGCCCAGAGCGAUGUCCCUCUUCGUACCUGACACAUCGUACUCUUCUUCGGAGGGGGAGGACGAUUUCUACGACGCGGACGACGAGCCCGCCGACAUCCCCCAGCCUGGACCCAGCGCGAGCCGCACGUGCCCGGCGGAGGGUGCGCCAGAGCAAGACUCGGCGCAGCCCGCUGUCGACUUGCCCCGCACCAGGGACGGAGAGAUCGAUUACGAUGCUCUGUAUGAAGAUGAGUCGGACAGUGACCUGGGCUCGAUGGAGAACCACGGCUCGGUCGUCACCCACCUCCUGUCGCAGGUCAAGAUCGGAAUGGAUCUCACAAAGGUUGUGCUGCCAACAUUUAUCCUCGAGAGGCGAUCACUCCUAGAAAUGUACGCGGACUCCUUCGCACACCCUGACCAGUUUGUAAAGAUAGUGGACAUGCCGACGCCCCGCGACCGCAUGAUACAGGUGGUGAGAUGGUACCUCAGCUCGUACCACGCGGGUCGCAAGUCGCAAGUCGCCAAGAAACCGUACAACCCUAUACUGGGCGAGGUGUUCCGCUGCCACUGGGACUUGGACGGCGCGGAGGCGCACACUGCUAGUACUGAGAAGCAGGAGGUCGGCGACGGACCGGUGCCGUGGUGUACACCGGACCAGUUGUCGUUCGUAGCCGAACAAGUGUCCCACCAUCCGCCUAUUUCUGCUUUCUACGCGGAGCACGUCAACAAGCGUAUACAAUUCGAGGCGUGGGUGUGGACCAAGAGCAAGUUUCUGGGCUUGUCCAUCGGUGUUCACAAUAUAGGACGCGGCACGGUCACACUCCUGGACCUUGGCGAGGAGUAUACGCUCACCUUCCCCAAUGGAUACGGCAGAUCAAUACUAACAGUUCCGUGGAUAGAACUCGGCGGUUCAGUUGUGAUCGAAUGUGUACAAACUGGCCACAAGGCGAAUAUAGAAUUUCUCACUAAACCGUUCUACGGUGGCAAGAAACACCGCGUGACGUGCGAAGUGUACGCCGGAAGUGACAAGAAGGCGUACUACACCGCGCAGGGCGAGUGGAACUCUAGGAUGGACGGAAGGUGGACCGAAUCGGGGCGGUCGGAGGUGGUGUUCGAGGUGGCGAGCAUGAAGCCGCGGCGCAAGCGCGUGGCGCCGGUGUCGCGGCAGGCGGCGCACGAGUCGCGGCGCGUGUGGCGCCACGUGACGGCCGCGCUGCGCGCCGCCGACACCGACGCCGCCACCGCCGCCAAGCGCGCCGUCGAGCAGGCGCAGCGCGACGCCGCCAAGCGGCGCGACGCCGCCGCCGAGAAGUGGGCCACCCAGCUCUUCAACCCGAAAGGCGAGGACGGCUGGGAAUACAACACGCCACUGAAGAAACGCCUCGACAAAUCAACGCCCCAACACAAACCCACCGAGAAUGCGGAGAACACGAGAUAAUGGACUUAAAAAUGUUGUUUUAGUAAUGUGGACUUUGAACUAACGCCCUACGGUAGAGAUUCCAUCGUCACAUCAAACGGACCUCUUAGCGAAAUAGAUAAAACCGUUCAUACUAUGUGACGCACCAAUGUUAAUCGCUUAGGUAAUUUGGGAAGUAUAGGCUGUUGAAGUAUUUUGCCAUAAUUUAAUAUUCAAAACUUCAACGCGCGCGUAAAGGUUGGUAACCCCUGCAGUGGAUACGGAAUAAAGAAUUUUCUUUCAAAUAUUUGUUAUAUUUUAAGAAAGCUCUAAACUGAAAUAUGCAUUAGCAUAUUUUAUAUGACGUUUACUCUAUAUUUGCAGAUUAAAGAUGGUUUUAUAAUAUUUAUAAUAAAAAAAUUAUAAUAUAUUCUCUGCAGAGGGGCGUCGAUGAGGUGCUUGCCUAAGGCACUCGACAUUCAUUCCACCUCAGCUUUUUAUUUAUUAUUAUUCUCUUAUUCUACUAUAUAUAAUUGAAUAUAAGGUAUUAAAAAAUAUGAGCCAGGGGUCACCAACCUUUAAACGAUUUGAGUCGUACGCGCACUCGAAUCUUUGUUUUAUAUCGAAUCAUUAUUUUAUACUCUUACCUAUUAUGGCCUAUGAAUACGAGCAAUAAUAUAAUUGUAAAUAUGAAAUCUCUUUGAAAAUACAAUUUGCAACGCUUUUGUAUCUUUGUUCGUACACGCGUUAAGCACGGAACGAUAUCAAACGUUGAGCCUGACAUGUGUCUAGGUAAUGAUGCGUGCAUUCCACACUCGAUACAGAUUCGAUUCUUCGCGAAUUACAUCGAUUUUAUAGAUAAACAUAUAGAUCCAUCGAUUAGAAUCGAUUACACUUAAGUUUUGUGCAAAAGAAUCGUCCAUUGUAUGAGGAAUCAAUCUCUAUAGGAAUUCUAAUCUCUUUACCGAGUUUCUUAUUCUGGUUCUUUUAAUUUCUGUUGACUUUAUUACUUACACAGUAAAUUUUUAAUUUUCAUGAAUUUGCAUUCAAAUUCAUGAAAUUUCUUUUAACAAUUAAUAUGUUUUGUCUCUUUUUUGUAUUAAAAUCUUACUCGAAUGAAAGGUACGGAAUAAUAGCUAACGUAAGUCUCUAAGUCGUUUGACAUUUUAUAAAUAAUAAAUAACAUAGACGUAGUAUAUAUCGUUACAUAUAUGCAGAUUUAAUUCAUAUUAAAAUUGACUUUUACUAAAGAUGCAAAUUAGAUAUAAUUUUAAAUCGUAUCUACUCAUCAUCACAUCAGCCACUAUCUGUCCACUCUUGAACCCCAAUACAACCAAUAAAAACCCCAUAAGGGGGAGUCUUAUGGGGUUUUGCCAGUAGUUGCCACGCUUGACAGGUAGGUUGGCAACCGACUUUGGUGACAUUUUAGGAAGGACGAUGCUGCUCAUCUCUCGUUCAUUAUGUUCCCUUAAUAGCCUCUUUCGACAGUCAUGGAAAAGGAAUGAUUGGCUUAUUGUAUGCCAAGACAAUACGGCUUAAAACUUUACCCCAUAAACAUAUAUUGAAAAUCAUACAAACAUAUGAAAAAUAAUCAAAAUUGUCAAUUUUCCUGCGCUUUAUACUUUUUUCUUUAUAUUUAUCAAUUAUGUUCCUUCUAUAUAGAUUAUAUUUCAAAAAAUAUUAAAUUUAAUAUUUCAAUACCCUCAACACUUUAAACUGAUUUCUAUUAGCUAAGAACCACGAUAUUUAUUUUCUAAAACCGCAUUCAAUUCGGUCCAUCCAUUCACGAACUACGACAAAUCCUUCAAACUUUCUGCAUCUUUAUAUUCGCGUGGAGAAUCAAGAUUAAUUAAAAUAUAUGCAAAAAAAAAAAACAUGUAUCAAGGGAAAUAAUUAUUUUUAUACAAAUAAUAUUUAGUUGUGUAUUGUUUUUUAAUAUUUUUAUUGUUAUCAUUGUACGAGACAUAUUGUCUAGACACAUGCUGCAGGAGAAUUCGAUUCACAACAAGUAUUUAGCGACAAGACUGAGAAUAUAAUGUGAACGAAAACAUAUAACGAUUGUGACGGCGCGCCGGUGGUGACACGUGCAAAUUAUUUCAAUCACAUAGACUUAUUUAAUUAAAUAGUUAUAACUACAAUGUUGUAUAUUUAAAUAAAGAUUUAAAUUAUUA